UGAAUAAAACCUAUCUCUCAACGGCUAGUUCUUCUAAGAUUUGAACUUUUGUGCUAUAUAAUAAGAACAAAAAUUACUAAACUGUGUUUUGGUUGGCUUCCCUGUUUUUUUUGUGUUCACACUUUGCCUCAAAAGUAACUUGUUACUGAAAUAUUACCGUUUUAAGUGUCAACCAGAACAGAGGACUCAGAGACAAUGUCCUCCUUUUCUGUUUUAAAGUCACGUGACCGGUGUUAACUUUGAGCGGUGACAUCAGAGAGGUGAAUUCAGCCUUAUAUCAACAGAUAUCAACAGAAUUCGAUUUAGUCUAGAAACCGGAGCUCAAACUUCAAACAUGAGUUGAUGGCUUAAAGCGACCAUGACUAUAAUCAUAGGAUUACUUCUGCCUAAAAUCGUUCCGAAAUUGAACAGUAAGGACCUGAAUCUCUGAAAAACUUCAUGGUUUCAAAACAGUUUCAUCAACACACGUUCACAAAGCAUUCAGUUCAACCAAUUACACUGCGAUUUCUAGUGCAGUGCAAAAGUGCCGAGUAAUGCAUACAGGUAGGCCGGCAACGCAGGGGAAGUAGUAACCAUUCCGUGCCAAAAACUACUCUCUAGAAUGCACGGACAUUCGUGACAAUGAUUUCAAUCUAUAAUAUAUUUGUGAUAUUGUGCUGGUGUGUAUUGGUUUAUAAACCAUGUUCAGGCGAAUAUGGAGGUCACGAUCUUUUUACGUCUCUGGCCCAACUAGAAGUUAUGUGGCAAAAUGAACGUGAAAUCGUGCCCAAAAUGAAGACUGUCAUAGAUAACAACCCGAAUUUAACACAACCCAUCAAAAAGUAUAUUGAAGAAUAUGAACGCCUAGGGUUGGAUCAUGAACCAAACUAUGAUUUUCUUGGACAUCCACUGAACGCCUACUUUCUAGUGAGGCACGUGGCCAUGGGUUGGGGAAACAUUCGGGAUCACUUCUUGAAUAUUGAUUUCAACAAGACAACCGAAUUAGCGUUUCUAAAAGAAAGAGAAAACGAGAAGCUUGUCAGCGAGUACGAUAUCGAUGGAGCAGCUUUCGGGUUGGUGCGUUUGCAUUCGUUGUACCGCUUCAAUUUGAGUCAAUUCGUAGAGCAUGGCAUCAUUUCUACCACUCUGGAUAACGGUCACAAAGUCCUCAGUCGCCCGAGUGUUCGUUCAAUAUCUUCUUUUGAUUUGACCAAAAUGGGCACGGAGGCCAGCGCCAAUGGAUUGUACGAUUCGGCCGCAGAUAUGCUGGAAAUGGCCAUUCAGAAACGGAAAAAGGAAAUCGCUUCCAAUGAAGAUCUAUCGUAUCUCCGAAAUUAUGAUCUAGAUGUCCCAAUGAUUGAAACUUUGACACAGACCGCCAAGAAGGUCCAUGACCAUUAUCUGGAUACAAGAGGUCAGAAGAGUGUUGCUCACCGGACUCAUCAGCUCCCAUAUGAUAAAAAACUGAGGAAAAAGAAGAAAUUCAAGAAAGCUUUUCAACUUGAUGAUGUCAUCUUAGACCGGGUAAAAUUGGAUAAAUAUACCGAGAAGUCGAACACCAAUUCUGAAGUGAUGAGAAAUUUGAACUUCAUCUCGGAAGUUCAAAAGGACGAACUUUGUCGGGGGAAACAGCUCCGGAGUGAUGCCGAGAUGAGCCAGCUUUAUUGUAUCUAUGCUCACGGGGGUUCACCCUGGCUCCGAUUGGGACCCAUUCGAAUGGAGUAUAACUCAUUUGAUCCGAAUCACGUCACUCUCAGAGGGAUUCUGUUUGACCAUGAAUGCGACGAUAUCACCAGAUUUCUCGGACCAAAGUUAGAUUUUCCACCGGGAAGAAUGAAUUACAAAUCGAAGAAGAAUGAUUGGACCAUGAAAAAUUGCUGGCCAAUUGAAUCCCAACAUGUGGGAUUGGAAAAACUAAACCGGCGUAUUGAGCAUUUAUCCGGAUUGAACGCGGACUCCAGUAAAGGAUAUUCAGAGGGUUUCAUGUGCGGAAAUUAUGGAAUUGGAGGUCACUACUUCAUUCAUCCGGAUUUUCAUCACUAUCGACCAACUGAUUAUUUACCUUACAACACCGGGAACCGCUUAGCUACAAUCUUGACUGUUCUACAAGCUCCAGAAGCUGGUGGAGCCACGGUUUGGCCCAAUGCCGGAAUUUCCGUAUUCCCCGAGAAAGGUUCAGCCAUCUGGUGGUACAAUCUGAGACCGAGUGAAAAAGCAGAUCAAUUUACUCGACAUUCGGCGUGUCCAGUGCUUCUAGGUCAGAAAUGGAUCGGCAAUAAGUGGGUUGGCUACAAUGCCCAAUGGAAUGGGAGGAAAUGUGUCCUGGACAAAGACGAGUUAUUCCAAACGCCCAAAGAAUAAUAGCUCCAUCUACCAAAUCAUAGGAUCUUUUUCCCAAUAAAUGUGAAAGAUCUAAGUUUUAGAAACAUAUCUG